AUGGUUAGGUACAGAGAAUGCCUCAAGAACCAUGCAGCCGCUAUGGGAGGCAAUGCCACCGAUGGGUGUGGCGAGUUCAUGCCUAGCGGUGAAGAGGGGAGCAUAGAAGCUCUCACUUGCUCAGCCUGCAAUUGCCACAGAAACUUUCACAGAAAAGAAAUUGAAGGCGAACACACCUCAUGCGGAGAUUGCUACCCACAUUUCAACAGGGUUGGAAGGAAAGUCAUUUUAGGCCACCACAAGAGCAUUUUAGCUCCUGAGGCUUUAGGGUACCCUACAGCUACCGGUACUCUUAUACCCUCAAGAGCAGCAGCAGUACCGCACCAUCAGAUGAUAAUGUCCUACAACAUGGGGUCGCUUCCUUCAGAAUCUGACGAGCAAGAAGAUGGAGGUGGGGUAAUGAUGGCCAGGCCUGCGCAAUUGAUGAAGAAAAGGUUUAGGACAAAGUUCACGCAGGAACAGAAGGAGAAAAUGCUCAACUUUGCAGAGAAAGUUGGGUGGAAGCUACAGAAGCAAGAAGAAACUGUAGUGCAACAGUUCUGCCAGGAGAUUGGAAUCAAGAGAAGAGUCCUCAAGGUUUGGAUGCACAACAACAAGCACAAUCUUGCCAAAAAGAACCCCUCCACCACUACUACUUAA